AUGACACAAGAUAUGAAAAAGUGGAGUGAAAGCGCGAUUGCGAGCAACGACGACGGGCAGAAUAGUGUUGACCCCACGGGUGUGAUAAACAAUCAACGGCAACAAAACCAGCCGAUUAUCCCCGUGUCGGCGGUCCACUAUCAGCAGCAGUUUAUUCCCGUCUCUGCCGCCCAGCAACAGCAGUACGCGCCUUUCCCGCCCCACCAACCGCAAGCACAGGUCGGUAGCGAUGUGUUCGUGCAAAUUUUGCAAAUGAUGCAGCAGCAGCACCGAGAGAUGAUGACCCAACUGAUUCAACAGCAGCAGCAAAGUGAUGAGAAGCAUGAACGCUUUCUCCGUACGAUCGCAUCGUCAAUCAACGUGCAGGUACCACCGAAUCCGGAACAGAUCCUUGACUCUUCGGCCGGCAACAUCAAGGAAUUCCGGUUCGAGGCCGACUCCAACGUGACGUUUGCGGCUUGGUACUCGAGAUACGACGAUCUCUUCGAGAAGGAUGCUGCUAGAUUGGACGGUGAAGCAAAAGGUCGUCUUCUUUUGCGAAAGCUGGGUGCAUCGGAGCACGAACGCUUCCUGGAAACAGUGGCCAAGCUCAAGAGCCUGUUCGGAGCAAAAGAAUCGGUGAUCAGCCGUCGCUACCGAUGCCUGCAGAUAGCGAAAAAUCCUGCAGAGGACCAUGUGGCAUUCGCUUGCCGCGAAAACAAGGCUUGCGUGGAGUUUGAGCUGGGUAAGCUCUCGGAGGAGCAAUUCAAGUGCUUGGUCUACGUGUGUGGUUUAAAAUCGGAGAACGACGUCGAGAUUCGCACCCGCCUCCUCACGAAAAUAGAAGAGAGAAAUGACGUGACGUUGGAGCAACUUUCGGAGGAGUGCCAGCGGCUGUACAACCUGAAGCACGACAGCGCCAUGAUCGAAUCUCCGUCCACGUACGACCAAGUACAAGCGAUAAGAAAAUUUGGUGGGAAGCGGUACGAAAAGCGUGACCGUGAGUCACCGAAACAUCCUUCCAGUGACACCGAAUCCAAACCAGUGCCAGUGCCAAACCACGAAAAACUGGAAGGAGGCGCAGGAAGCAACCAGUGUCCGCCAAGAUAUGUCUCCGUGGGCUUUUCUGGAACAAAAAUUCGCCUGCAACUCGAUACCGCCUCAGACAUCACCGUCAUUAGCAGGGAGAUUUGGCGGAGCAUUGGCAGUCCUGCGUUAUCGUCAGCAACGGUGAAGGCGAAGACGGCAUCUGGCAGCAUACUAUCGCUCGAUGGGGAGUUCGAGUGCGACGUCACCAUCGGAAGCAGUACACGACGUGAGCUCAUCCGUGUAACCGAGAAGCAGCUGCUGUUACUCGGAUCCGAUUUGGUCGACAGUUUCAACCUUUGGGCCGUCCCUAUGGACACCUUCUGCUGCCACGUGUCUGGAACGCCAGUGUCGACAGGUGCACUCAAGUCGUCUUUUCCAGAGGUCUUCAGCGAGAAGCUCGGCUUGUGCACCAGAACAAAAUUGAAGUUGGAGUUGAAAGAAAACGUUCGACCCGUCUUCUGUCCGAAGCGUCCGGUAGCUUACGCUAUGUAUGAUACCGUUGAUCGCGAGCUCGACCGGUUAGAGAAAUUGGACAUCAUCACCCCGGUCGAUUAUUCGGAGUGGGCCGCUCCGAUCGUCGUAGUCCGCAAGUCCAAUGGCUCCAUCAGGAUUUGCGGAGACUACUCAACGGGUCUGAAUGCAGCUCUCCAAUCACAGCAGUAUCCACUUCCACUUCCGGAUGACAUCUUCGCCAAGCUGGCUAAGUGUAAGAUCUUCAGCCAGAUAGAUUUGUCCGGCGCCUUCUUACAGGUGGAAGUUGACGAGCAGUACCGUAGUUUGCUGACGAUCAAUACGCAUCGUGGUCUCUACCUCUACAACCGCCUGCCGCCGGGUUUGAAGAUCGCGCCUGGCGCAUUUCAGCAGCUCAUCGACACAAUGUUAGCCGGACUGAAGGGCACUUCUGGCUACCUCGAUGACGUCAUCGUCGGCGGAGAAACUGAAGAGGAGCACGACCUCAAUCUACGGGGUGUCCUGAAGCGAAUCCAAGAUUUCGGAUUCACGAUUCGUGUUGACAAGUAUUUGUUUCGCAAGCAGCAAAUCCGAUACUUGGGGCACAUCGUCGACAGUCGCGGGUUGCGACCAGAUCCGGCGAAAAUCGAGGCGAUCACCAAGCUGCCGCCUCCAGCCGAUGUAUCCGGUGUGCGAUCGUUUUUGGGGGCCAUCAACUACUACGGCAAGUUCGUCCCCAACAUGCGCAUGCUACGCUACCCGCUCGACAAUCUCCUCAAGGUGGAGACGAAGUUCAGCUGGAGUCCGGAGUGCCAGAAAGCGUUCGACCGGUUCAAGCAGAUUCACUCGUCGGAUCUUCUCCUCACACACUACGAUCCGAAGGGGGAAAUCAUCGUUUCUGCUGACGCUUCAUCCGUUGGACUUGGGGCUACCAUUAGCCAUAGGUUCCCAGAUGGAACCAUCAAGGUGGUCCAACAUGCAUCCAGGGCGCUCACGAAGGCAGAACAGGCCUACAGUCAGCCCGAUCGCGAAGGUCUGGCCAUCAUCUUCGCCGUCACGAAGUUCCACAAAAUGCUCUUCGGACGGCACUUCCGUUUGCAAACCGAUCAUCGCCCGCUGCUUCGUAUCUUCGGCUCUAAGAAGGGAAUUCCAGUGUACACUGCGAACCGCCUGCAACGCCUCGCCCUCAACUUGCUGUUCUACGACUUUGAGAUCGAGUACGUGUCCACUGAGAAGUUCGGCAACGCAGACCUGCUCUCCCGGUUGAUCGACCAGCACAUCAAGCCUGAAGAGGACUACGUCAUCGCGAGUCUCAAUCUGGAAGAGGAUAUUAGGUCAGUAGUAACUAAUACGGUUAAAGUGUUGCCUCUCAAUUUCAUAGUCGUUGCGCAAAGCACCCAAGCAGAUCCGCUGCUCCGUCAAGUCCACCGCUACGUUCAGAACGGCUGGCCCCAGUCAACACUCGAUGGGUCAGAACUUCGCCGGUUCCAAUCAAGGCAGGAAUCGCUCUCUGUGGUGGAUGGGUGUAUUUUGUUUGCCGAACGACUCGUCAUUCCGUCGCUGCAUCGGAAACGGUGCCUCGAACAGCUGAACCGUGGCCAUCCGGGCAUGCAGCGAAUGAAAGCCAUCGCUAGGAGCUACGUGUACUGGCCUACGUUGGAUGCUGACAUCGUCAGCUUCGUCAAGGCAUGCCAGCAGUGUGCGUCUGUAGCUCGAUCACCUCCUCACUCACCACCGGUGCCGUGGCCCAAAUUGACCGCUCCGUGGCAACGCGUCCACGUCGACUUCGCCGGUCCAAUCGAAGGCGACUACUACCUGCUCGCUAUCGAUUCGUUCUCUAAGUGGCCCGAGAUCAUCCGAACGACCCGCAUCACCUCUGCUGCGACCAUCAGCAUCUUGCGUGCGUUGUUCGCGCGGCUGGGUAUGCCCGUAACCUUGGUCAGUGACAACGGUACCCAGUUUACCAGCACCGAAUUUGCCGAUUUCUGCGCUUCCAAUGGCAUCGAGCACCUCACGACAGCACCGUUUCAUCCACAAUCAAAUGGCCAGGCGGAACGAUUCGUGGAUACCUUCAAGCGAGCCGUCAAGAAAAUCCGAGAGGGGAGAGGAUCCAUUGAAGAAGCACUGGAUGUCUUCUUGCUGACGUACCGAAGCACGCCCAGUCGUGCUCUGCCGGAUCAGAAGUCGCCAUCUGAGAUCAUGUUUGGUCGCAAAAUCCGAACGUGUCUCGAGCUUCUGCGUCCACCACCGGUACGUGUCCCAGUGCCAACCGACGAUGACUGCAAGCAACCGAGGUCCUUCAACCGAAACGAGACCGUGUACGCCAAACUACAUGGUCAUACCGGUUGGAAGCCACCUUAA